UCCCGUAUUUUUAUACAUUGGGACAACCCGGAUUAACUAUGAUAAAUUAAGGCCAAGACUAUUCCGGGAUUUGAAGUCGGGACUUUUGACCUUUGAUUUUAUUUUGAGACAUAAGUUGUGUAUGAAAUUGUUAGCUUGAACACUUAGGAAAAAUUGGGACCAUAAUUCAUAAAUUUGGAAAUUAAAACUCUUGCAUAAAAAAAAAAAAAGGGAAGAUGUGUGGAUUGAAGUGGUCCCCACACAUUGUUGUGGCCAAUUUUAAUUGGUCCAACACAUGUGUGGGCCCAAAGACAAUAAGAGAUAUUUUAAGGGGACUUAAAAGAUGACCACUUAGUCAUCUUUCUCUCAUUUCACAUUCCCACACUUAGAAAAUAAAGCAAGAAGUUGAGGAACCAAAACCAUGGCUCACGGCCAAGACCAUGGAAAACCAAAUCCAAAUCAAGCCCCUCUAAAAAUAUUUCUUGGGUACAAAUCAACUAAUUAGAGGUCCCUAAGUAACUUGGAAGCAUUGUUGGAGUGAUCAAGUCUUUCAUUUAAGAGAUUUGCAAACCCUAGCCUAUUGGUGGAUUGAAGAAGAAAGACCUUGGGGAGCCCGAGGCGUGGAUUGAAAAUUUACUUUAGAUUGGCUAUUUUGGAAGGGCGUACGAGGUACAGACGCACAGCCUGGUGAUCCACCUGUUUAGGACACCCUUUCUGCUAUUCGGAGUGCUCCUCUCUUUCCGGAGCUUAUACUUUUGUGAUGCCUCCGAAAAAGGCGACGGCCGCCCAGAAGAAAAAGGGCGUAGUAGGAGAGACUAGCCGGGCUCAGAAGGGUACUCGGACCCUUGCUCAGAUGAUGCGUGAUAUUACGUCCCGGCCAGCCGACUCUGCUACGUCUUCAUCGUCAGAGGAGUCUGGAGCAGCUUCACCAUUAGCUCCAGGGGCUUCAGCUCCCGCGCCUCCAGCUCCUCAGCCAGGGGCGGAGGACAGGACACUGAGAGAGGCUGUGCAGUUAUUGACCACUCUGGUAGCGGGACAGGCUCGCAGACGCGGGCGGAGAGAUGAUGAUGAUGACGAUAGGCGUGACAGCCUGAGGGUUCGAGAGUUUCUAUUAUGUGGCCCUCCAGAGUUUUACGGGUCUAAGCCCGACGAGGACCCCCAUGACUUUAUUCGGGGGAUGCGGCGCUCACUAGAUUUGGUCAGGGCUUCAGAGACUGAGUCUGUUGAGUUGGCUUCGCAUAGACUACGGGAUAUUGCUGCUCACUGGUAUGAGUCCUGGGAGCUAUCCAGGGGUGAGGGUGCUACCCCAGCUACUUGGGACGAGUUCGUGACUGCUUUCACUCACCACUUUUUGCCCCCAGAGUUACGGCGGGCGCGGGUUGACCGAUUUUUGCAUCUGCAGCAGAGGGGUCGGAGUGUUCGUGAGUAUAAUAUGGAGUUUGAUUCUCUGGCCCGGUACGCACCUACCAUAGUAGCAGAUAUGGCCGAUCGGAUGCACAGAUACGUGAUGGGGUUAGACCGCUACUUAAUUGAUGGCUGUAUGGCGGUGGCAUUGCAGACAGACAUGGAUAUUGCCCGACUACAGGCUUAUGCUCUGGGUAUGGAGGACCGACAUAGAGCUGAUUAUUCCAGCAGAGAUCGGGACAGGAGGCCGCCCAAGAGGGCCAGGUCCGCUGGGUAUUCUGGGGAGCCUCAAGGCGGGCAGCCUCAACAGUAUGUUAGACAGUCUUCUCAGCCAGCGCAGAGUGCGCCCCCGCAGUCUACCGGAGAGGGAUUUGAUAGUGCCAGAUACUCAGGAGCAAGCCAGAGCUUCAGGGCUCCAGGUUCACAGGUGAGCCGAGGUUCCAGCCAGGCGAGGCCACCUAUGCCUCGGUGUUCGUAUUGUGGGAGAUCUCAUCCAGGAGAGUGCUACCGAGCUACGGGAGCCUGUUUUUCUUGCGGCCGUCAGGGCCAUAUGAUGCGUGAUUGUCCAAUGGCAAGUGGUUCUGGUAGUACAGUUCAGCCGACAGGAUCAGCCGCGGGUUCAUCUUCUACUCCCUCAGCCAUGCGCCCUGCGGGACGAGGUAUGCCGGUACAGGCGGGUCGCGGUCGAGGCCGUGGCGGUGCUUCAGGUUCUAGCGGUCCCUCGAACCGCAUAUAUGCGUUGGCCAGCCGACAGGACCAGGAGGCGCCACCAGGUGUGGUUACAGACCUUGGGGAGCCCGAGGCGUGGAUUGGAAAUUUACUUUAGAUUGGCUAUUUUGGAAGGGCGUACGAGGUACAGACGCACAGCCUGGUGAUCCACCUGUUUAGGACACCCUUUCUGCUAUUCGGAGUGCUCCUCUCUUUCCGGAGCUUAUACUUUUGGUAUAUAUAUUUAUUAGUGCAUUUGUAUAUAUUCGUUCAUGGGUACGGCGGGGCCCUGUCCCGUCAUAUGAUUCUGUCGGUCUGUUUAGAGGUCUGUGGACAUGUUUGUGGGUUGGGGUCUUUCUGUAUGGAUGUAUGUACAUGUCGUUUGGGCGAUCCCAUACGCCGAGGCGGCCGGUCCGCAUAUGUUGUUUGGGCGAUCCUAUACGCCGAGGCGGCCGGUCCGUAUAUGUUUAUAUAUUGCUUGGUUAGCCCUGUGUGGCUUUUGUUGGUA